AUGGACAGAAAUAAUUAUACUUCAGUGACUGAAUUUAUCCUUUUGGGAUUAACAGACACACUGGAGCUUCAGAUUAUUUUCUUUGUAAUUUUCUUGGUAAUUUACACACUUACCAUUCUGGGAAAUGUUGGAAUGAUCUUUUUAAUAAGGAUAGAUUCCCACCUUCACACUCCCAUGUAUUUCUUCCUGGCUAACCUUUCCUUCGUGGAUGUGUGUUACUCAUCUACUAUCACCCCAAAGAUGCUGGUAGACUUAUUAUCAGAGAAGAAAACGAUCUCUUUUGCUGGCUGCUUCUUACAGAUGUACUUCUUUAUAGCCAUGGCCACAACAGAAUGCAUCCUCUUUGGGCUAAUGGCCUAUGACCGCUAUGUGGCCAUAUGCAACCCACUACUUUACUCCUUGAUUAUGACUCCCACAGUCUGCCUUAAAAUGGCAGCGGGGGCUAUUACAGCAGGUCUGUUGAACUCCAUGGUUAACACCAGUUAUGUAAGCAACUUGCCCUUCUGUGGUUCCAAAAUCAUCCAUCAUUUCUUCUGUGAUAGUCCUCUACUUUUUAGACUCUCAUGUUCUGACACACAGCUGAAUGAAAGCAUUUUCUCCACUUUUGCUGGUGUAAAUAUGGUAGGAACUCUACUUGUUAUUCUCACCUCCUACUCUUACAUUCUCUUCUCCAUUUUUCGGAUGCACUCAGGGGAAGGGAGGCACAAAGCAUUGUCCACAUGUGCCUCCCACUUGACAGCUGUAAGUCUGUUCUAUUCCACCGCCAUCUACACCUACCUCAAACCUAGCUCCAGCUACUCCCUCAAUCAAGACAAAGUGGCUUCAGUCUUCUACACAGUGGUGAUCCCCAUGUUGAAUCCUCUCAUCUAUAGCCUCAGGAAUAAGGAAGUAAAGAAAGCAUUAAGACAUGUAAUGACAAGGAAAAGGAUUUCUUCAUUUCUGUGA